AUGAAGGCUCUACAAAAAUGGUUGGAGAUUAAUGGUGGAACAGGACGCAACAUAGGCAAUCCAAAGAAAGGGCAAGAUUUGGAGGAAGAGCAGACGGUGGUGGAUCUUAGGGAGAAAAUUGAUGAAGACAAGAGUUGGGGUAACCGCGUUGUUAUCAAAUUUAUCCCAAAGGGUUUCUUUCUGGUGUUGUUUGAAGAUUCAGCGGAAAGAAAGCGCAUUCUCAAUCAAGAGAAAUGGUAUGCAGAUAAGCAUGCGGUAUAUUUACAGCCUUGGAAGCCCAACUUCAAUCCAAUCCCACUGUUAGUGUAUUCAAACCCAAUAUGGAUAAACAUAUAUAAUCUGCCAAUAGAGUAUUGGGAAGAAUCCUAUUUGGGAAAGAUAGGUAGGACAUUAGGAUCAGUGUUAGAAAUCAACUUCAAUGAUGAGGGAGAACUUUGCAAAUUGGUUAAAAUCAAAGUUGCGGCAGUUAACAAAAUUCCUGAAUAUAUCUAUUUACAAACUACUAAUGAUAUAUGGAGACAACAUCUAGAAAUCAAAAAAGAAAGGAGAGUUUGUUCUAGAUGUGGUAACAAAUCGUACGAUAGAGAGGAUUGUAGAAAGUUUUUUAGGAAGGCCAGGAAACUUGUUAGGAACCCAGAGCAACUAUGGAGGAAAAAGAUAGAGAAAAUAGUUGGGGAUUUGGAGGUUGAGGUAAAUGUAGAAAAUUCCAUGAGAAAUAAAGAAAAGGUGGGAAAUUCAUCGGCAAAGAUUGCAGAGAAAAAUUUGAAGGCGAAGAAAAGGCCUAUUGAAGAGAAUAUCUCUCAAGUUGUAGGUGAGGGUUCCUAUAAAGAAGCAGUGAUAAGAUCAGAGGACGGAGGGGUUGCCUUUUCACCACAGAAAACAUUUUAUAUGAGAAAAGGCCUAUCAGAUACAGAAUUUGAAUUGGAUAAAGAAUUUGUCGAAGAUUGUGAUCAAGAGGAUGCAUUGGAAAAUGUUGAUCCAAGAUGCAUUAGCCAAUCGGCGAACAUACUCCUGGGAAAGGGCAAAGGUUCCAGGGGAAGGAGAAGUAACCGUCAAAAGAGAGAAGAAAGUGCCAAGGAGAAAGGAAUUGUCAGUGUUUUUGAUUUCAUGAGAAAAGCUAGGGGAGAAGGAAUUUCCCCUGGCAAAAUAUGA